AUGCCAUCCCAACGCGGCGAUGUCUCUCUGUUGUUCUUCGUCAUCAUGGUUCUAUGGUGGAUCGCGUCCAAUGACACCGGACUUCCAUCCAACCUCGGGGAUUCACAAAACACUGCAGAGGAGCAGUUGGCACACAAUAGGCAUGUGUUUGGAGUGUUAAAUACAACAAGUUAUGGGGAUUUCGCACCAGAGAAAUUGGACGAUCCAAGCUAUCUGAACUUGACCGGGUUUACGGCAGAGGAUGGAUAUAAAUGGGAGAGACUGAGUGCGUUUAGGGAGAGGAGUGAUGAACUGAGGAAAUGGGCGAGAGGGGUGCAGGACGGAUCGGAAUUUGAUAGGGAGGGCGGCCGGGGAUUGGAAGGCAGGAUUUAUACCAAUGUGACCGGAGUGGUGAGGGGGAAUUGGGCCAGGUACAUGAGUGGUUUGGUAGAUGGGAAGGAGAGGAGGGGCGGAUUAAAUUUAAGUGUUAUUGCGCCGGGGGUCGCUUGGGCCCUUACAGACGAGGAGCUGUGGACAAGGAAUGUGACGGGGAGGGAGGGCAAAGUUAUGUUAAGGUUGGAUGAGGCUGCGGUAGAGGAGAUGAUUGUACAGGUGACUAAGGAGCAUGUCACUAAUGGCGAAAGUUCGAGGGAAGCAAAGAUUGAGAAAAGAGACAUAACUGAUGGGAUUGAGAGAGUCGAUCUUGGAAUUGGCGCAAAUCCGGGUACAGAUAUACUUGUGAGGGAGAUUGCGGCCACAUUAACAGUUCAAGAUGAGAGUAGCAGUGGAGAUGGACAUGAAAUGAGGAUGCAUGGUGUACAUUGGCCAAAUGAAGGGGGGAUUCUUCUAACAACUACCAGUGAUAAGUUCGCAGGAGCUUUUGGUCUUCCCCAUUUUGCCACCGAUGAGGACCAUUUCACAAGUAGUGCGGAGAUUAUGAGAAAGAUCUGUCAUCGCAGACUACAAAAGCUUGAGGAAUCUGCGAAAGAAAAUCCGAAAAGUCUUCUUGAACCAAAUUCGGGCCAAAUCGAUGGGUUACCAACACCUCAUUGCGAAUACAUCUUGUUUGCUCAAGUAUUACCUUUGAAGUUAAAUGGCCUCGAAUAUGAUGACAGAUCACCUAAUGCACACAAUUUUGUCCAAGAACUGGAAAAUGAACUUCGAUUCCCAAAUGGUGCUCCUAUUCCCCAGGCGCCGAAAUUACAACUAUCUGCAAUAAUCUUCUCGCCGGAUUGUGGAUUUAUGCUCGAAUCGAAAGGUCCGCCAGAGUUCGCUCCUGUAGAUGGAGAACACCUUAUUGGUUUGAAGCAAGAGGUUUGGUUACAAACUAUUCGUUCAUGGUUAAUGGUAUUUGCAGCGGUAGCUCUCGGACAGGCAUUGAUUCUGAAGGAUCAAUGUAAAGAGGCUUCUACACCAUCAACUGUGGGCCGUGUUAGCAUCCAUACUGUUGCUAUGAUGCUUUUAGCAGAUGGAUUAUUGUUUUUUACAAUGUCACUGGCGAGCGCUACAUUAUCUAGUAUAUUUCCAUCUGCGUUAUUGACAUCAUUUGCCGGCUUGAUGUCUGUGGCACUUGGAGUUCGCUUUAUCGUAAACAUUUAUGGAGUUCAAGAGCCUGAACGAUUGGAACAAGAAAGAGCGCAAGCGGCGGCUUUGGCAGAAUUGCAAGCUAGAAAUCCACCUGCAGCUGUGCGACCAGCACCGAUUAUCACAGCAGCGGGUGUAGAUACCUUACCCUUGCCUAUCGCCUCUUCAACGCAGGCUCCACCUCGAAAUACAUCUCAAAAUGUACCCAUCAUAGUCCCCUCGGAUCAAGACGUUGACGCAGAGAUAGCUGAAAAUGUCAACGCGACAUUCGCAGUACCUCGUCCAACGGGAACUCCAGCUACCGUUCAACAAUCGAGAGUAACCUCCGACAUAACUCCCUACUAUGGCCAGUUUAUUCUCCUCCUGACCGUGAUACUUCUCCUUUCCAUCAUGUCCACCACCUGGCCUGUCCCUAUCCGCACAGCAUAUGUCUACCUUUGCUCCUUCACUUACAUGUCUCUCUGGAUUCCCCAGAUGAAACGCAACAUCACUCGUAAUUGCCGUAAAGCACUUCUUUGGCGUUUCGUCAUAGUACAGAGUUUGCUAAGGUUAUCUCCUUUUGCUUAUUUUUUCCUCUAUGAGGAUAAUUUUCUCUUUAGUGAGAGUAGCUGGACGGCAAUGAUGGUUUUAACGGGAUGGGUUUGGUGCCAGCUUGUGGUACUGUACAGUCAAGAGGUUCUUGGUCCCAGAUGGGCAAUUCCAAAACGAUUUGGAUGGUACAAGGAGGGCUGGGACUAUCAUCCAGUACUGCGAGAAGAUAAUGUUGAGUCUGGAGGUCUACCUAUUGGUCUUGUGAAAGUCCCGUUGGGUUCUCCUACCACUCCAGGAUUUGAAGAAACAGAUAUGAGUGCGGAUGAGAGGGAUAAUAGUAGAGCGGGAAUUAGAACAGUGGAUUGCGCGAUAUGUAUGCAGAUUCUUGAGGUUCCAGUUGUGGGGAUAGGAGAAGAGGAGGGUGCGAAGGGCGUGUUGGGGGCGUGGGAUAGGAGGAGUUAUAUGGUAACGCCUUGUAGACAUGUUUUUCAUACCCAGUGUUUGGUGGGUUGGAUGAAGUAUCGUUUGCAAUGUCCGAUUUGUAGGGAAGGCUUGCCACCUUUAUGA